UCGCUCUGAUUCGGAUCUACUUCCGGUUUACCUGCUAGCCGCUUGCAAACUGUUUAGUAACACAUGUGUUGGUAAUUUUAGUGGAAUGAUCCCACUAUUACUUCAUUUAAAUGCAUAUCAUCCGCUGUUUUCGAGUGUGCUCGUUAUGCAACACUUUAAUCUCACGUAGCGGAAGAUCCAGAGGUGGAUGGAGGACACUGUUGCAGCAAACUAGCACCAGGCACCCCGAGGUGACACCGAUACGCUUCAUACACGGCGACUCUUUGGAUCUGUACGAGAAUGAAUCAGUGCAGAAGUACGUCAAGCAGCUAAUGGAAGAGUACGCAGACAUAAGCCAGAAGUUACAGCAUGCAUACUUGAGCGAAUCGGAUAGGAAAGAGUUUGUGAGGAAGCACGCGGAGCUGCUUCCUCUGGCAAAUGUGUUUAAGAGAACUGAAGAAGCUAAGAAGGAUCUCGAGGAAGUUCUGUCACUCUUGGAGAGUACAACUGGUACCAAAGAGGAAGAUGAGCAUCUGAUCCAGCUGCUGAGAGAGGAGGAGGCACAGAUGACCAGCAGAAUUCUGACCUUAAAAAAAGAUUUAAUCAAAGUUCUUCUGCCCUCUGACCCUCUGGAUUCAAGCGACGUCGUCCUGGAGGUCGUAUCAGGACGGACGACUGGAGGCGACAUCUGUCAGCAGUUCACUAAAGAGAUGUUCGAUAUGUACCAGGGUUUCGCCAUCUACAAGAACUGGGACUUCAACCUUUUGAACUACACAUCUGCUGAGUAUGGUGGACUGCACCACGCGGCCAUCAGGAUUGCAGGAGAGAGCGUGUACAGACAUCUGAAGCACGAAGGAGGGACGCACAGGGUGCAAAGGAUCCCGGAGGUGGGCCUGUCGUCCAGGAUGCAGCGCAUCCACACGGGAACCAUGACCGUCAUUGUUUUGCCGCAGCCGAAAGACCUAAACAUCCAUGUAGACCCGAAGGAUCUGCGAGUCGACACCUUCAGAUCUCGAGGAGCUGGCGGGCAAAGCGUCAACACGACGGACAGCGCUGUGCGAAUUGUUCAUCUUCCAACUGGCAUUGUUGCUGAGUGUCAGCAGAGUCGCUCUCAGCUCCAAAACAGGGAGACCGCCAUGCAAAUGCUGAGGGCCAGACUCUACCAAAGCAUGAUGGGUAAAGAGACAGAGCAGAGACACACUGCACGAAAGCAGCAGGUGGGAACACGCUCUCAGUCUGAGAGGAUUCGUACCUACAACUUCAGCCAGGAUCGCGUCACCGAUCACCGUACUGGAUAUUCCACCAGAGACAUCAAGGAGUUCAUGAAAGGAGGGGAGGAGCUUGACGAUCUGAUUGCUGACCUUCUGGAACAUGCAGAGCGAGAGGCUCUCCUGGAGAUUGUAACCACCAGGUCCCAGCCUGAGUCGGGACAGUCUGCAGACUGACUUAACAUGCCUUUAUCACCUAGUAAAACCAUGUAUUCUGCUGAUAUAUUUAAUUUAUUGCAAAAAGAUAAGUACUUUUUUAAAAUAAAACUUGUAUA